AUGUCUGAGUUAAAGAAUAUAUCAAUUCUCUUUAUAGUUGUUUUUGCAGCAUCAAUGCUACGAAGCACAGAAGCAAUAGAUCAUAUUGUUGGAAGCAGGAAUGGUUGGAUUAUUCCUGUAGAUGGCCAUUCGUUUUACUCCGAUUGGGCCUCCAAUAUCACAUUCAAAGAAAACGAUGUCCUAGUUUUCAACUUUGUCACCGGACGCCACACUGUUGUUGAACUGAACCAGACAUACUUUGAGAAUUGCAACGUGAAUCAGAAUAUCCAAUUCUUAGAUACAUCACCAUCACCAGUAAGAUUCACCCUAAAUAGAACUGGAGUAUUCUAUUUUACAUGUUCCAUCCCAGGCCAUUGUGCCAGUGGCCAAAAGCUUAUCGUUAACGUCUCUGCCUCUUCACCAGCUCUUUCACAAGGACCAUCUUCCCCUACUUCCUCUGUCAGCAGUGACAUUCAUAUUGAUCUAGUUGCUACUUUCUCUAUUCUCAUUGCUGCUGUUGCUGUAAACUUUUUGUUUUAGACUUCAGCUUCUUUGGAAGAAGGGUUGCUAUUGUAACA